AUGACUGAAAUGCUGAGCUGUUUGGUGCCGUACCUUGAUAAGCACUUGGUACUUGGCCUCCUCUAUUUUUACGAUGAUCAGGGUGUCGAUGUGGGUGAUGCCCUCCGAUUCGUGCAGGCGACCACGGCGCUGACGCCGGAGGGUGAAGUGUCCCUCGAGCAGGAGAACAAAAUUCGUGAGACCGCCGAGCGCGCUCGCCCAGCACUUGACAUGUUUUUUGAGCAGAACGUUUCGGACAACUGCACAUACCAGUUGUGCCUCACGGAGAGUCGGAUUGACGAAUUGCGAGGUAAAGGAGAGUUGUCUCGUGGUUUCCUUGAGAAGGAGGGUAUUACCCCCAAGGUUAUGACCGCCGUGAUGGAUUUGGCCUUUUUGUACUACGACGCGGCGCGGUACGGGGACGCAUCUGAACUACUUUCCUUGUUACAGUGUGUUACGGGAUACGAGCUUGGCGAAAGCAAGUUACUAUGGGGAAGGCUGGUGUGUGAUACGUGCUCAUGCAGAUGGCCGUCUGCGAUCGCGGCAGCGGAGAAACUGUGGAAACAGCAAGGUGCAGACGGGUCAGAGAACAAGUCAGGAAAGACAACACUCCGCGGCGACAAUGGAACCUCCGUAACGGAGCGAGUGUGGUUGUUGCAUUGGGCUCUCUUCCCGUUCUUCAAGGGUGGUAACCAGUACUCCACACAUCUGUUGAACAUUGUCUUUGACAACAAGACGGAUUCCAUAUACCAGUGUGUUGUAGAGACGGUGUGCCCACACUAUCUGCGCUACAUCUGCGCGGCUGCUAUUCUCAACACACACCGUCGCUCCGCCCUUCGUAGAGCUGCCGAGAUGGUGGGAAGAAUUUAUGAAUAUUCCGACCCGCUCACGCAACUUGUGAGGGAAAUCACGAAUUACCGCUCCUUCGAGGACACCCUUGAGCUACUGCCGAAGGUAAGCGAGCUGGCACAAGGUGACUAUUUCCUCAAUCUGCACGCUGAUAAUUUGGUCGAGAACGCGAAGCGGCUUAUUUUCACCCAGUAUGUGGUAACCCACAGUGUAGUGUCAAUACCAUACAUGGCGGAAAGGCUAGAAAUGAGUGCGGCAGGGGCCGAGGUGUGGCUAGCUGAUCUCAUCAGCGAGACAAAGCAGCGUGCAAAGAUCGAUGCCGUAACAGGUCAAAUGUUUGUUGGCUCGCAGGUUCGUUCCGUCCAUCAAACGGUGCUUGACAGGUUGGAGCCGGUUGACCACGGUCGGCGCUGA